CUCCUCUCCCCCUUUCAGUUGGCUUUUAUUUAAAUUUGGGCCAGGGGGUAGGCUUCACAGGGAAAUAGCCUGCAGUGGCAAGAUGGCGAACAGAGGGUUGUGAGGUGGGAUGGUAAAUGAAAAACGCGUUCAUCGAUGAAUUAAGGUGUGUAAACCAAAGUGUGUGUGAUGGAACAGCAGAAUCAUUCAAAGCAGCUGCUACUGCAGCUGAACCAGCAGCGAGCCAAAGGAUACCUGUGUGAUGUCAUCAUCGUGGUGGAGAACGCGCUGUUCCGCGCCCACAAGAACGUCCUGGCGGCUAGCAGCGUCUACUUCAAGUCGCUGGUCCCCCACGACAACCUCAUCAACCUGGACACAGAGAUGGUCAGCCCCUCCAUUUUCAGACAGGUGUUGGACUUCAUCUAUACAGGUUGUCUGUCCAGUUCCGACUCCGUCAGUGACCACAGUAUCUCGUCUCUCCUGAUCGCCGCCUCCUACCUCCAACUGACUGAACUGGCUGCUCUCUGUCGCAGGAAGCUCAAACACAACGGUCAGACCCCCUCCAGCUCCAACAAGAUGACCCCCUCCUCUUCCACCUCCCCAACCCCAAAUGGACACACCCCUGGCCCCCUCUGCCUCUCCUCCACCCCCCUCCACAACCACCAGCACCAUAACAACCACUCAGGGUCCAAGAAGGGGAACCAGAGACCGAGCCAGGAGGGAAGGCUGAGAGAGGAUCUGUCCGAGAAGGUGUUUAUUUCAGGCUCGCGCUGUGCCUCCCUCAGCCCCUCUGGAGAAGGUAGGAGUAAUGGGCUGGGACUGGACCUGUCCAAAAGGAGUCCGUCAGAGAGCACUGCCACAGAGGAGGUGUCCCCCAGCAGUCUGCUCCAGAGCUCUUCCCCCCACUCCUCCUCUCUCUCCCCCACUCCCACUCCUCCCACAACGUCUAGUGCUAAGCCAGAGCCUCCAAAGACCUCCACAGACCUCCAGCCCAGAGCCCCUCGCAAGAGGCCCCGAGGUGAUAAAGUGACCCCAGAGCUAGAGGAUGGAGAGGUGGAUGGAGAGGAGAACGGUGUAGAUCAGAGUGAGGGGAGCGGGCACAGUGGAAGAGGAGGAGGAGGAGGAGGAGGAAGAAAAGGGAGGAGAAAUGGAAACACCAACUACAUCUACCGUCAGCCCCAGCCAGGGUUUGAGCCAGGUGUGGGGGACAACCUGUACGUCUGCAUCCCCUGUGGGAAAGGCUUCCCCAGCUCAGAACAGCUCAAUGCCCAUGUCGACACACACACCCACGACCAACUCUACCUGAAAGACGAGGAGGAGGAAGAGGAAGAGGAAUGUGGUGGAUACUUGAAGGACAAAGAUCCGGACACAUGCCCAGAUGACUCUGCAUCAAAGGGGAUGAAGCCUGACCCUGAAGAACCUGGGCAUCUCUGUACAGUCUGCAGUAAGAGCUGCAAGGACGCGACAUCACUACGGCAACACGAGAAGAGCCAUUGGCUGAACAGGCCAUUCCCAUGUAACAUCUGUGGCAAGCUGUUCACUCAGCGAGGCACCAUGACGCGCCACAUGAGGAGUCACCUGGGCCUCAAGCCCUUCGCCUGUGAGGAGUGCGGCAUGCGCUUCACACGACAGUACCGCCUCGCCGAGCACAUGCGGGUCCAUUCGGGGGAGAAGCCGUACGAGUGCCAGUUGUGUGGCGGAAAGUUCACCCAGCAACGCAACCUCCUUAGUCAUAUGAGGAUGCACACCUCGCCCUCAUAGAGGACACUUCACCAUGGUUACUGCAGCUGAACCACAGCUACCUGGGUUCUUUUAGGCUGUCUACCUCAUCUUCAGAUAACUAUCUGGACCCUCUGUUACCCAUAGUAAACACACCUGGCUUCUACCUCAUUUUCAGCUAACCAUCUGGAGCCUCGGUUACCUAUAGUACCUCAUCACCCUUGUAAACACACAAGGGUUCUACCUCAACUUCAGAAACUCACCUUGAAAUGAAUUACCUCACCUUUAUAACCACUCACCCCGAGUAACUUUACCAAUAUUUUCAACCUCUUAACAACUAUCGCUUAUACCCUCACCCUCGUAACAACUAUCACCCAUACCCUCAACUCGGGGUUCAUAUUUUCGCGAAAACCUACCAAGUUUUAAUACGGGCAAUAAUUGAUAUUUAUCCCAAGAGUCCUGGGAAAUACCGCAAAAAAAUGGAAGUGCCCAUUCUCAAGCCUUUAAAACCAAGAUAUGUCACUAUGCCUGGGUUCUCCCAAAAUAAGAUUGUCGCUGUGCCACAAUGCCGGCUUGGCUGCGCCACUGUAAAGGUUUCACAGCAAGUGAAACUGAUAUUUAGUAAUGAUAGAGUAACUUUGAUCACCAAUGACAUUGUUGUGAAUUGCGAAACAGGCCGUUCAUGAAUUCCGAGCAUUAUCAUGUUACUCAGUUAAUUUAGUCCAGGACUACUGCUGAAAUAUGCUAUCUCGAGACAGAGCAUGGUCAGGACCCACAGAGCGCACCCAGAGUAGGCUAUAGUGUUGUCGAAUCAUACAAAGUUUCUAACGGCAGUCAAACAAAAGUCAAAUGACUAAAGUUGCAACGCUUGUUAACCUCCAACGAAUUACAAAAUAUCUCCUAUUUGGCAAAAUGGAGUUGAUGAUUAUACAGAUAGCAGAUCAGCUCAUGAAUAACUAGUAGUUGAAGAGAGGAAAUAGUUUAAAGAUCAAUGUAUCUUAACGGGGACCAUACUCUCUACUCUCGUACUGUUUGUUGAUCUCACAUUCUGUCCCGAUCCUCUCAUAUGGACAGAACUACGAAACAGCGCAGAGAAGCGGGGGAAUGUUCCAGGUAUUUUGACAUGCAUUGUUUUAUUUGUAUUUAUUGAACCUUUAUUUAAUUAGGCAAGUCAGUUAAGAACAAAUUCUUAUUUACAAUGACAGCCCACCCCGGCCAGACCCGGACCCGGAAGAUGGUGGGCCAAUUGUGCGCCGCCCUAUGGAACUCCCAAUCACUGUGAUACAGCCUGGAAUCGAACCAGGGUAGUGACGACUCUAGCACUGAGAUGCAGUACCUUAGACCGCUGCGCCACUCAGGAGCAUAAGCAGACAUGCAUUGAUAGUGCAACCUAUGGAUUACAGAAUGAAGAUAGGAAUUUUAUUUUGAGUCAAUAAUCAAGAUUUCUGGUUUCAGUGGGAUUAUUGGGACUAUAGGAAAAUAGCCUAGGCUCUAUAUAAGGCUAAUACCUGAGUCAAUAGAUAAUACACUUGAAUUUGACUACAUUAUUCCAUUCUAAAUGUUUCUGAUCAGUGAUAAACGAAUAAAUUAACUACCACUUCUACUUGUCCAGCCAAGAUAAAUCAACCAAAUAUAUAGACAGAGAUUCAGUGAAACAAAAUCACAUUGAUUGAUUGACACAGGCUUUUUGUUGCGAGUAGGACAGGCUACUAUGCGAGUGAAGAGCAAGCAGACUUGUAUAACAUGAUAGCAACAUUUUCUGAUCAGCUAAUAUAUGAGCAAACUAGAGUAAAGAUGAUCAUUAGCACUCACCUCAACUUGACUAACAUUUCCCCGGCCUACCAAAUAUCCGAACGGAGAUUCAGUGAAAACAAAAACCGGACAUUGAUUGAUUUAUCUAGACGAGUCCCCCACGCUUGUCUCGAAGCAGUGCGAUGGUGCUGUCUCAAUUAAAACUGCUGAAAUUAUCAUGUAGGUGACCACACACGACUAUUGCUUUAAUUUAGUAUAACGGUUGGAUAUAACUUUGGCAGUUUCUGUGUAACCAAGAAUAUUUUCAUCAUUCAGUUGAUCAUAACUCAGGUGUUAUCCUCUCUCUGCGCUUUUCCUCGGCCCAAUGCCUGUUUCCUCGUCUCCUCACUCCUAUGCUUCCCACCUCCACCACGUUGUUCUCAACACCAGUUUAAAUCAAUAUAGCCUACAGUUAUUUGGUCAUUUCCCGGGUCUUGUCACCAUUUGUUUUCGGGAAAUGUGACAAGUGGUCCAGGGACAGUCCCAGGAUCCCGGUUACCAGUGUUAAUCCGUACCCUCAACCUCUUAACAACUAUCAUCCAUACCCUCAUCCGCUUAACAACUAUCACCCUCAUCAUGGCAACCAUGAUUCCGUACCUCUAUUUGAGAACUGUUCCUCAUCUUACUAAUACCAACCAUUACUUCACCCUUAGAACCCAUCAUAAAUCCACAUUCAGCCAGCUGUUCUGGCUAUCUCAGGGUCAACACACCACACCUCUCCAUCUGACAUAAAACCAAAGACGCCUUCCUCCCCAUCCCAGGUGGCUCAAAUAUGUUUUAAUGAUAGCUUUUAGCAUCCAACCAAACUAGCCCUCCCAGGGUGUCAGUCCGUGCUGUCGUUCCUCCAGGCUGUUGUAGCUGUCUCUCGCUGGCCAAUGGGGGACCUCAUUGGCUCUCCUGCCUCAUUAUCAGACACAUACUGAACCCCAGGCAAAGUUGGCUAGCAGUCACUAAUAUUAUGUUCUCCAGCUAGAUAGGACAGGUGAGUCAGCCUAGCCAGUGUGCAUAUAAUAACAUAUCACUUUUACAUACACUGCCUGUUGGAAACGUGGCAUUAUUAGAAAAUGAUCAGGGGUGUUCUAACAGCAAUGUUUGCUUUAUUUGUAGUUCAUAGGUCAGACUUUGUAGUUUAACUUGGGUGUAAAAUGUUUGAGAACUUAGUUAUGCGUUUGUGAAUGUUUAGUCUGGGUAUUUCUACUUUAAGGGGUUUGGGUCAGGUAGGGGUGUUUCUUUUUAAUUUGAGGCAUCAUAUUCUGUUGGUACCGUUGUUUUGUCUGCAUUUUUAAAAGGCUGGUCUACUGCUACUAGCCCUGUCACACUGCUACCUCUUCACUCUUCAGAUUAACCAUUUAAUAAUACUCUCCCAGUAUCCCUGUAUUAAGUUUGCUUUUGGUUUUCAACAAGUUCCUCUCGUCUGUUAAUGCUGUGAGGAGGGGAGAGUAUUGCCUCCUGGAUAAGUGUGUUACUGGUACUAGUGUAGGAGAUUGUAAGGUGAAAUCCAAAGAGAAAAUGAUUGCAAACUAACAACAACUAACGUUUUUCAAUGUCAGUGUAGUUUUAACGAUGCUAUUAUGUCCACUCCUAGUUCCACACAAACAGCCUUGUGGUAGAAAUGACUCAUGUUGAUUGGACCAACCUCACCUCAUUGCCUUUGUCUUCACUAUGUCCUCAGGAGGACUACAUACGUGUCAUUUCUGAACAUCCAAGAAUGUGUUGUAAUUGCUUCGUUUUAGACUAGUAAGUACAUAGUUUUAAAAUUCUCUUUCCUACAUGUUUAUCACUUAAGUGUUGAAAAAAAGUCAUUUUUACUUCAGAAAAGUGUACAUAACUCAGGAACAUUGAUGUCAGGGUCUGGCGUCCAUAAAGUACAUAUCCACACUUAUGAGUUCCGUUAAACUGCAAAAGUCUGCUUGUUUUGGUUCAGGCAUUUAGAAUGUGGACAGAUGAAAUGAAAGAGCAGAGCGAAAAGGAUAAACAUGUUUCAGCUGUGAGGGUGAUGACUCUAAACCAUAUCUUCAGGGAUGGUUCCUCACAUUUUAACUGAAGAACCCUCUGCUGUGUUGUCAAACUGUCUGUACUGUCAGAAAGCAAAAACACUAGUUUCCUAAGCAAGAGAUUUUUUAAAGGAGGUGGGUGGUGAUUCUUUCAAAUAACUUCUGGAUAAAAGGUAGAGGUAUUUAAAAUAUAUUAUAAAAUAUUAGUUCUUGAAUGUUAUCAGCAUGCAUUGUAUAAAAGAUACAAGCUUGUUCCAAAUCAACAGACUAUUUUCUAAACCAAAGCACAUACUGAACGACUGACGGCUUGUGUGGCGUAAAGUGUGAGUGUGUGGGAGUGUGAUCUCAUUGUUUACAUAAACCGAACAGUCAGACCUCAGGCAAGGAAUCGUUUUUUCACGUCUAGAAACAAAGAAAAGAACAGCAUUAUGUUUAUUUGCAUGUAUUGUUGAGCCUGUAAACUUAAGUAUCCGCAUGUUAUGAAAAUAUGAUGAAGCCAUUUUUGAUAUCUUGUUUGUUGUUGUUUGUUUGUUGUGACCAACCAAAUGUUUUACGAAGGGGUAGAAACAACAUGUGAAAAGGGAGUAGGCUGUAAUAUCGAGUUAUUUAGUCUACAACUCAUUAUUUUUAAGAAUAGGAAAUAUUACCUACGAGUACAUCAGUCAGGGAUAUGGUCACAAACUCUUUAUCCAGUUACAUUAUUCUAUUUAUCUCUUACUGUCUCUCUCUUAUUAAGUAAGUUGUUGCAGUCACUUACAGACAGUGUAGUCUAUUGAUGAAUGUAUUUAUUAGUUGGAUCCUGUUUUAAACCGCUUUAUGAUAUCUCAGUGGAUGAUAGUCAGGGGCUUUAUUACUUUGUUACUGCUAAUACAGUUUAGAGAAAAUAUGUUUAAAGGGUUAGUUAACCCCAAAUAGCUUGACAACCACUCUGUGUGAGAACGUCAACCUAUGAUAUAUUGGGUGAAAGGACCCUUUAAACAUGAUAUGGCUAUAAAUAAGAUCAAGCUCCCAGCCCAAGACACUGGAGACAGUGGGAAUGUACUGCUCCUGUGGUAUAGGUGUUUUGUACCACUUUUACCUCAUCCAAAGCAUGUAGAACACAAAGAUGAAAUGUUUUUUAUUGUGCUACAUUGUUUCCUGUUUUUCUGAGAAUGUAAUCUGUGUUGUUGUUGUCAUCUGUUCUAUAGGUGGUCUUAUCCAUUGGUAUGGGACCACUGACUCCUGGUACAGAUACAAUAUGUAUUGUAUUCUACAGAAAGCAUUGGUUUUGUCAAAGCAACUUCUGUUAAAGGCUGGUAUUGUUACUAUUACAGAGACACUUCUUGUUUAAUCUCUAUCUGAAAACCAAAGGUGUCUAUGGCAGCAUAAAUAUGUACAUAGUCACACGUGCCACUACUAAUCCAAACCAAGCCACUUAUGAACUAAACCAAAGGCAGUCUAAGGCAGCAGGUCUAUUCAUAUAAUUCCUAAGACUUCUGGGCAUGAAACCAUGUCAAAGCUGGCUUUAUGUAUUCAUUUACUCUGUCUUUGUACAACAAGUUUCUCUGUUCUACUAAAUAUUUGUUCAAUUAUAUAUAUUUUUCUCAGUCUUCAACAUGCUUUACUGAGAAACUCCAAAGUUCAAUUCCUCAGAGCUUUGUGUUCAGGAGUUUCUUGAUCCGUGUGGUUCUCGCUGCACCACCACGUGAUUCAACACAAUGUCAUGAUUGAGUCCACUGGUUAACCUGCAGUCUCUUAAUGUACAGAUAUGAGUGUCAUCUUUAUAAAGAUCUUUUCAUUAAACUUGAUUGAAAA